AUAUGCUUUAGAGCUUAAAAUAAUGGUUUAUUAUUGAUAUAUGUAGUGUUUUGGAAACAUAUUAUAACAGUAAAGGAGCAUAAACGUUUAUCUUAAUUUAUUUUUUUUCAUGAUGCAUUUUCGUUUUGGUGAAUUUCUAUACCGUAUUUUUCAGGUUUAUGCAUUUUUCUUUUAAAGUAAGGAUUAUAACUUAGAGACCUUCAAGAAGAGCCUGUUCCUUUUAAUGUGAAAAAAAUUGCGGUGUUUUACUGGGCUGUUUGAAGAACACUGAAUUGUUAAAAGUAAUUCUAUUGGAACAACCUAAAAGAACAAAUUAGAACCGUCUGAAUUUGUACACUUGUAAUUCAUACUCAAAUGUGUAAAUGCUACUGAUAAAUGAUAGAUACUAAUAAGGUACAAUUUCAAGUGGGGGAAUUUAUACUGUAUAUGUAGGGUAAAAACAAAUUUGUAACCCUUAACACACAACUGAAGCUACUAGGUAUAGCAUUUUUAUAUUUUAUUUGAAUCCUUUUAUUAAAAUUCCUGGCACUGUUGUUGCAUUUGCCUUGUGUCCAUAUUUCCUCAUGACAUGCUAAUCCCUGGUGUAAAUGCGUUAUCUAUGCUUGAGGAUAUUGGGGUGAUAAUUGGAGGAAUAGAUUGCCGUAACGGUGGUAACGGGUUAAAAAAUAAAUGUUGAUUUUGAUUUCAAAAAAGUAAUCUUGAUCUUAUGCAAUUAUAUAAUAGCCUUUUUUUAAAAUUUAUUUACAAAGCCAGUGAAAAUGGGCAAAACGUGAAAAUUGAUUACGGCUUCAAAGAUUAAAUCUUGAUCUUAUGCAAAUAUAUAAUAUCCUUUUUUCUUUGUAUUUUGUUGUCUCUAGGCAAUAUUUUUAGUUAGAAGAGUAUACAAUGCCGCUGGGACUGAUAUUAGGUUUAGGGAGAUCUUUCAGAAGAAAGCGUACUUCAUCUCUUGAUAUUCUUACUACAAAACGGGUUCCUCGGGGCUUCUACAAGGGAAAGAAUUGCAAGCCUACUGGCUUUCACACUCGCAAAGGUGGUUAUGUUAUUAUGCAAGAGAAGCUGCCUAACUACGUAGUUCCAGAUUUGACCGAUUUCAAGGGGAAUCAAUCAGACAGGAAGAGAGGAAACAAACCGCCUUCCUCCUCAUCUAUUUCCACCUUGCUCAAGUGAGAGAAUCUCUUAUUUGACUGCCAUUGCUUCCAUGUUGUUAUGUUCUUCCAUAUGUACUAGUUUAUGCGGAUGUCUUGCUUUCUGAUUUCAGUAUCUGUAGUUAAUUAGUUUUUAAUUGACAAAAGAAUCUAGUAAACAAAAGAGAGAUGGUUUCGGUGUGCUUUUAUCCCCCUUAUUCCAUUCAUUUCAGUGCUUGCUUAAACGUAUAGCGUCAAGUCUCAUUCUCGCACGAACCAAAAGGAAUAGGGUUAUAUACAAGUCCUACAUCCCUUUGCAAUGGACUUGCAAGUCCUAUUCAAAGUUUGGGGGUCCAACAAUUCCUAUUCCUCCUAACCCUUUCCUAAUAAGUCUGGAAUUCUAUUAAUGUUACAUUUUGUCCCAAUCUGUCUUAAAUUGAUAAUUGGCUAUCAGACCACCUAGUUAUGAGAACUGUUACCUUCUCAAAAAAAGAGACCACCUAUUUAUAAGAGUGUAUAGUUUAAUGAUACUGUUUAUGAUAAUGGAAAUAACACUUGUUAUAUGAGGAUGAUGAUUGAUAUAAUAACAAUGCAGGCUCGUCGUAGAAGAAUAUGAUAUAAUGUAGGCAUUGGAAGCUUUACAGCUAUUUCUAAUGGUUAUCCAAUUAGAAAUUAUUUAAAUAUAUGUCACAUAUGAUAUAAGUAAUAAAUUUUCACACU